CCUGCCACUACAGGAAUGUUGCUAAUCAAUUUCUCCAGUUCGCCAUGAAAAGACGGUGAUUUUAAACGAAAACCAGCAGCCACCGGAACCAUGUCACACCAUAAUGUGGUUAACGGAUGCAAACUGGUCGCCAUGCUCCUUCUUUGGCUUGGCCCCGCUGCUGCAGACAAACACACGGGCCAUGCUCAGGCAGCAGAGCGCCAGGAGCACCCUGCACACGGCGCUGUUGGAUUGGAGGAGGUGGUGCUGGUGAUCCAGAGUCAGAGGAACUCAUACCACGCCCGUCGAGCUGAUCAGAGGAGACUGGAGAUUCUGCAGCAGGCAGCUGGAUUUGGACAGGGAGUUCCAGUUGUUCUUCUUCUCCAUGAGCUGUCAGAGUAUGAAGGGCACUGGAGUAUCCUCCCUGCACUUCCUCAUCUCUCUGCCACUUACAGCCAAUCAGCAUCCUGGUUUUUCUUCAUAGAGGAGGAAACCAGAGUAACACUGUCUGCUCUGCUGCAGGUCCUCCACAGAUAUCAAGUCCAAGAGGAAUGGUUUUUGGGUAAGGGUCUCCACGAUAAUGAGGCCUCCAUCAUCCACCACUACGCCUUCUCUGAGGACCCCGGUUCUUUUAGUUACCCUGACCCUGCAGCUGGCUGGGCUCUCAGCACACCGCUGCUCCAGAGGCUGGCUGAGCGGAUCCAACACGAGCAUCUGAAGUCCGAUUUUACCAUCGACUUGAAACACGAGAUUGCGUUGUAUAUUUGGGAGGAAGGAAACGGCCCAAGGCUGACAGCAGUUCCAGAGUUUUGUACAGAGAUAAGAGACAACUGUGCUACAACAUUUACAACCUACCUGCCCAACUGUGGAGAUCCAGUGUCAAAGAAAGACGUAUUUGUUGCUGUGAAAACUUGCCAAAAGUUCCACUUGGAGCGAGUACCAGUGGUGAAAGCAACCUGGGAGAAAGACGCUGGGCUUUUAGAGUUUUACAGCGAUGUCACCGAUGCCUCCAUACCCACCAUCAGCCUGGGAGUGCCCAAUACUGAGAGAGGACAUUGUGGGAAGACUUUUGCCAUCUUGAGGCGGUUCCUGAGCACAGCUGUGCCAAAGGCAAACUGGCUGCUCAUUGUUGAUGACGAUACACUCAUCAGUUUACCCAGGUUGCGGCGACUGCUGCGCUGCUAUGACCCAAAGGAGGCCGUGAGCCUGGGGGAGAGAUACGGCUACGGCUUGGUUCAGAACGGAUACAGCUACACGACGGGAGGAGGAGGGAUGGUGCUGAGUCGGGUGGCUGUGGCCAGGCUAGUUUCCAGUGGUUGUAGCUGCUACAGUGAUGAUGCUCCUGAUGACAUGGUGCUGGGCAGGUGCUUCACUUCCCUGGGUGUCCCCAUCACACACAGUCCACUGUUCCACCAGGCCCGACCGGAUGACUACUCUGAGACACUGAUCUCCUCACAACAGGCCAUCUCCUUCCACAAGCACUGGAACAUAGAUCCUGUGGCUGUCUACAAACACUGGCUGCAGGACACACAUCCACGAGAUGAACUGUAGAAGCACUGCGUGUGUACAGUAUGCAAUAUAGAAGCUGCACAACAGCGUAGAGCUAAAGAACACACAAACUGUUAUACCUGGCUAACAUGUCCUGAAAUUGAAGUUUUACAGCCUUAAUACCUGCAUUCACAAAUAUUUUUGAUAUGAUAUUCAUAUUCUUAUUCAUAUUUUAUGAUAGAGUCAGAGCUAAAAAGCUCCAUUAAAAGGCAAAGGAAAGUUGCUGAGUGGACGCUAACGUUUCCUUGCCUGUGCUGGAUGUGUCAGCAGAUGAUUGUGUGCUAACACGUGAGCCAUAACAGCAGCAUGGACAUGAAGACGGCUGUCUGUCUGUUGGUUUUUCUGCCUGCUAGUGGCCUAGUGUCGAUUACUGUAAGUAGCUUGAACCAUAACAUUUUCAAAACUGACAAUUUAGCUACUGAAAUCCUCACUUCUACUAACAAAAAAGUCUAUAACAACGCUAGUGGCUCUGCAGUGCUUUGAGCUAACGUCAGCAUGCUAACAUACAAAGAUGAUGCUAACAUGUGUUCACUGUGGUCUGCAUCUUAGUUUAGCCGGUUAGCAUGCUAACAUUUGGUCUUUGGGAAUCUUUUGAUUUUAAAGGUAUUUGGUCAUAAAUUAAAGUAUUUUUGUCAAUCCAUCCAUUGAUUAUUGAGAUAUUUUCGUCUGGACCAAAGAAGUGGACGAACCGACGGACCACGCUGACACUUUAAAUUUCUAUGUCGCUGAAAAGAUUUUCAGUGUUUAUUUUAUGUUAUUUAUUUCGCCAGGUAAGCCUGAUGGGUGAUAAUUUCUUCAAGGCAGAUCUGGUCAUGACAGAAGCAUACAGUUUUUCAGACAAAACAGUACAAAAUAAGGCUAAAGCCAAAAGAAAAUACUAAAAAAACAAGUAACGGUAGGAAGAAGUAACAAAGGAGUCAUCUACUAUAAUUAACAAUAGUCUUGAUUUCAAUAAGACAUAUCAGAUUUCCCAAUUUAAGUUUCAUUUUAACUGCCAACCAGAUGAUAUUAACAUGAAGAUAAUCAAUUUAUUUCAGUAUUGUUUUGUAAUAUUUCAGUCAAAUACACUUUCUAAUAAGAAUAGUCAUUUGUGGAAAUACAGCGUGUUAGAUUUCCCAAAAUGUCCAACUAUUCCUUUAAAUUUUACAUUUUUAAAGAUAUAUUUUUAUUAUCUCUGAAAUAAAAUUCAGAAUUCUGCGUGAAAAGUGGUGUGUACAUAUUUUUAUGAAUUUGGCACAUUGGAGUAUGACUGUGUGAACGAGUCUCUAAUGGAGGAAUUUUCAGUCGAAGUUUGCAGAACUUUAUUUUUGAUCUGUGAACAGCAAAACUGCGUAUGUGAGUUAAUCAGUGGUGAUGUGUGUGAGAGUAACUGCAGCCACAGCUAGCAAGCCUGCAUUAAUAUUAAAAUGCCGUUCUGCAGCUGUUUUUGUGAAUAUAAAGUAUUGAUGUUUGCGUGUGCUUGCUGACAACCUGUGAUUUCCUUAAG